AUGGCAGUGCUUACUGUAACUCAAUUGAAUAAAAUUCUGACCGAGUGCGGAUUCAGUACAAUCGGUAGUGAUGUGUCAUCCGAAGUCGUUGACCAGAUCAACGAUAUGACCAGCGAUCGCAACGAGGCAGCGAUGUUUGUCGCUCAGCUGAUCCAUGAGAGUGGAGGAUUCCAGCACCGUGAAGAAUGGAACAAAGGAGCCGGUCAACCGUACGUUCCUUACUAUGGCCGAGGAUACAUCCAGCUGACAUGGGACUACAAUUACCGGGCAGCAUCGGAAUAUAUUUUCGGGAACGAAAAUAAACUGUUAAACAAUCCGAGCUUGGUAUCGGAGAGCCCGUAUAUGUGCAUGCGUGUGUCGGUGUGGUUCUGGGUGAAGCGAGUAGUCCCGAAAGCUGCUCCAUUUGAUCAUUUCUACGCCACGACCAAAGCUAUCAACGGUGGACUGGAACCGAGCCCCGACCAUCAAAAGGCGAGGAUUCGGUAUGGGUACUAUCUGAGGGCUGCUAAAGUCAUGGGUGUUAAUCCAGUGCCGAAUGCCUAAUCAACUGCUGUGCUAAUCGUUGAAAGUAAAUAUGUGAAAAGUAAAGAACAAUAAAUAAUAUCAAU